CAGCCCCCUCCCUCCGCCCUCCCUGUCUUUGUCCCUCCUCUACAGUCGUCGGAAAAGCACUCUCCAGCUAGCCGCGCAUCCUGCCCCAGAGUACCACCAGGAUGAUCCGCCGCUGCACCGACACCGACAACCUUCACUUCACUUUCACACUCAUUUAACCCUUCAUUCGGACCCCCGCCGGCCGCCGCGCUACACCCAUGCUUUGCCCUCCUCCUGAGAUGCGAUACCAUUCCACAAUUUCCCGGAGAAUAUCUUCAUCUUCCGUUGCUCCUCGCUGAUAGAGAGCAUGCCAGACGCGGGGACAGGCGCUGCAGUCGCGGCGGCCGCCAGUGGUGCGACCACCGCCGGCGACGGCUCCGAGAGCUCCCGGCACCGACACCGAGCGCAGCAGGGAGACUCGGAGAGGCCGGAGCCGGGCGCUGCCCCGCCACAAGCCUCCUCCGGUGUACUGGAUAAAUUGUUUGGAAAGCGGCUGCUGCAGGCUGGGAGACACAUCAUGUCUCAUAAGUCUUGGAUGAAAACGGUGCCCACAGAGAACUGUGAUGUCCUCAUGACAUUUGCAGACACUACAGAUGACCACACGUUGCUAUGGCUACUGAACCACAUCCGGCUGGGAAUCCCAGAGCUCAUCAUCCAGAUACGACAUCAUAAGCACACACAAGUCUACGCAUUCUUCGUCACCGCUACAUAUGAAAAUUUGUUGCGAGGUGCUGAGGAGAUGGGACUGAGGAAAGCGGUGAAGCCCGAGUUUGGCGGGGGAACACGAAGCUUCUCCUGUGAGGAGGAUUACAUCUACGAGAACAUUGAGAGCGAGCUCUGCUUCUUUACGUCACAGGAGAGGCAGAGCAUCAUUAAAUACUGGCUGGACAAUCUACGUGCCAAACAUGGGGAGGUACUUCAUAAUAUCAACUUCCUGGAGGGCCAGCCAAUCAUCCCGGAGCUGAGUGCGCGAGGUGUGAUCCAGCAGGUAUUUCCUCUCCAUGAGCAGAGGAUCCUCAGUCAGCUGAUGAAGUCUUGGGUCCAGGCUGUUUGUGAGAAACAACCCUUAGAUGAUAUCUGUGACUACUUUGGAGUGAAGAUUGCCAUGUAUUUUGCCUGGCUGGGAUUUUACACCACUUCUAUGUUAUAUCCUGCUGUGAUCGGCUUUGUGCUGUGGAUGCUCACUGAGUCAGAUCAGACGAGCCGCGACAUCUGCUGUGUGGUGUUUGCACUGUUCAACGUGGUGUGGGCCACUCUGUUUCUGGAGCGGUGGAAGAGGAGGGGGGCUGAGCUGGCGUACAAGUGGGGAACACUGGACACGCCUGCUGAAUCCCUGGAGGAACCACGGCCUCAGUUCCGGGGAGUCAAGCGCUGCAGUCCCAUAACAGGAUGUGAGGAAUUCUACUAUCCUCCGUGGCGGAGGCGUGUAUUCAGGUGGCUGGUCAGCCUGCCCAUCUGUAUCCUCUGUCUCUGCUUUGUCUUCCUGGUCAUGCUCAUCUGCUUUGAGCUGCAGGAGUUUGUGAUGGGGAUCAAGGAAAUGCCUCGGCUAGCUCGCUUCAUCCCUAAAAUCAUGCUAGCUAUCACUGUGACUGCAUGUGACGAGGUGUACAGGAAAAUUGCCUGCUGGCUCAAUGACAUGGAAAACUAUAGACUCCAGAGUGCCUAUGAGAAAAAUCUCAUUAUCAAAAUGGUUCUUUUUCAGUUUGUAAAUUCUUAUCUCAGCCUUUUUUACAUUGGAUUCUACCUCAAAGACAUGGAGCGGCUGAAAGAGAUGCUGGCCACUCUGCUCAUCAUUCGCCAGUUCCUUCAAAAUGUGAAGGAGGUGCUGCAGCCUUACCUGUAUGAGCGCCACAAGCUGGGUGAGCUCACACUGCGAGCUGUGUGGGACCUGCUGCUCUCGGUGCUGCUAAAAUAUGCCCGGCUGGCAGCUGGAAAAGCCCAGGCCUCUCCCACCGACCAGGCCAUGCCAGGACCUGGACUGAGGGGCACCAGGCCUGGGUUGGGGCCAGAAAGAAGGGAAAAGAAGUGUUUGAACGGGGGAUGCGGGGUGCCUGAUGAGGAGGAGGGAGGUGAGAAGGACGAGGCUGACAGCGGGAGGUUCAGUGAAGGAGAGACGGAGGAGGAAAGUCUGAUCGACUGCGGUUUGAAGUUGAGGAAAGUCAGUUUCAUAGAAAAGGUGGACAGAAGGCCAGCCUGCAGUGCCCCCCCCAUGGACAGUUUCCUGGAGGAGGGGAGCCCCACUAUGGUAGAAAAGGGAAUGGACCCUGCCUCUGUAUUUGAAAUGUGUGACGACGAUGAUGAUAAUGGCAUCCAUGAUGUGAAGGAGUCAGGUGGAGGAGGGACAGGUGUGGCUGAGGGAAUUAAUGCUGCUGCUGGUGCUGCUGCUGCUGCCAGCGCUGCCCCGCUGCCUUCGGGAUCUGAGAGCAGCACAUCGCUGCGACACAGAAGAAGAGGCAGGAGUGCAGAAAGACCCGAGCCGAAGACAAAAAGGGAAUCAUGGAUUGACCCCCCUAAAGAGAGAGCGAGCACCACACUCACUCAGGCUGAGAUGGAGAGCUGCAUGCAGACUUAUGCUGACACCUUCCAGGACUACCAAGAGAUGUUUGUCCAGUUUGGCUAUGUGGUGCUCUUCUCCUCUGCCUUCCCUCUGGCUGCCAUGUGCGCUCUCAUCAACAACAUCAUUGAGAUCCGCAGUGAUGCCUUUAAGCUCUGCACUGGUCUGCAGAGGCCCUUUGGAAUCAGAGUGGAGAGCAUCGGCCAGUGGCAGACUGCGAUGGAAGCCAUGGGCCUGAUUGCCAUCAUAGUGAAUUGUUACCUGAUUGGUCAGUGUGGUCAGCUACAGCGUCUCUUCCCGUGGCUCAGCCCUGAGAUGGCCAUCAUCUCCAUCGUCAUCCUCGAGCACUUUGCUAUCCUUCUGAAGUACGUCAUCCAUGUGGCCAUCCCAGACAUUCCUACAUGGGUCAGAGAGGAGAUGGCUAAACUGGAUUUUCAGCGCAGGGAGGCCUUUAAGAAGCAUGAGCGGCAGGCGCAGCAACAUUACCAGCAGCUGCAAAGGAGGAAGAGGGAGGAGGAGGAGAGGCAGAGGCAGGCGGAGCAUAUGGCCCGCAGGGAAAGGGAGCGGGAUGACAGCAAGGGCGACUCCUCUGGGGAUCACCACCACGACAAAAGUCACAGCAGCAAAUCACGCCCCGGGGGUGGAGGAGGAGGAAGCAGUGGGUCGGACAAGCCCAAGAGGCCCAGUUCUCUGUUGGCCAACAAUAAUGUGAUGAAGCUGAAACAGAUCAUCCCACUGCAGAGUAAGUUCUCCUCGGGUGGUGCCCGUUCCCCUCAGUCACCCACUGGCAGUGAGCCAAAGCUACCAGGGUUCCUGAGCUUCAAAUUCCUCAAGUCACCUGAGAAUAAGAAGGACGGUGCUGCGGCUUCUGCGGCUGCCACCACAGCCACCAACGCCACAGCGACAGCAUCAUCAUCAUCAUCAUCUUCAUCAUCAGGUAGCAGCUCUCAGGAGCGUUCUCAGUCACCCAGCAAAGCCUUCAACCCUGGGAAACUGUUUAACUUUGGGAAAUCUGAGGGGGGGAUGUGUGUGAAUGGGGCUCAGCUGCCCAGAUCCGGGGAAGGAUCAUCAUCACAGACGUCAGAAAGACAACCAUCCAGGUCUGACUUGAACGGCGUUCCAGACGAGAUCCCCUCGCCUGGAGGGGAAGGGUCGGAGAACGGACAUUCAACAGACUUGGACCCGGCCGGCUCUAAAGUCUAGUAGCUGCAUAGAGAACAAACUUGUCGUUGGUUACAUUGCAACUGAAGAAGUGAUGUGUUUACUGUGAGGAAAGGCCUGACCUACCUUCUGUGUUAUCACAGGUUAUGUGUAGAGGUACUUGAAGCAUAGAGAGGAAAAGAUGAAACUGAGAUGACUUUUGGUUUGGUUUGCUUUUUUGUUGAAAGACAAAAAAACAGGCUUUAUAAGAAAGACGUAAGCCCUCCUAUCAUGACAAAUAAACACACACACACACACUCCCUUACACACACAAACAUGCAAAUCCUUCCUUGUCUGCAAUACAUAAAGAAAUGCAUGAGCUGCGUUUCUAAUAUUUUUAAGCCUUUAAAGCAGAGAGCUGUGUUUCUUGAUUUCUUCUAGUCAUAAAUUGUAAGCAUCUUGUUGGCCUUCCACUCGGAACAGAACAGCCUGUUGUGGAGGAAAAAGAUAAAAAAGCGUAUACAGUGGUAUGAAAGGAUCACAGAUUGUACAUCAAAUAACUACUGAGAGUGUUUUUAGCUGUCACAACACAAGUGAUCAUUAGAUAUUGUCUCAUUUUUAUCUGUGAGGAAUUCUUGGGCCCUUCACUUUUAUAUUAAAGUGGUAAAAUGGAAAAGCAAUAUCAAUCAGUGUUUUAAUUAUUCUUAUAAAUCAUCACACAAACCUAAUAAGCAUCCCUGAUAUAUCACCAGCUUUAUUUUCAAAGCAGAGGUGAUGUCUGAGCUUUGUACACUUCUUCCCAUCCUGUGACAGUAGCAGAUUUGUUCAAAAAGGAAGUAAAGAGCUUAGUAAGUCGAGCUGUCACAUACCUAUAUUUUUCCCAAGAGAGCAAGUGGAAGAUUAAAAGAAAAAAGCAGACGAAGGUGAUUUUGAGAAAAUUGAGCAUGGAAGCCUGUUGCAUGCUGUUCUCCAUCCAAGCCCGUAGAGCAUCUUGUAAACACAGAUGGUGCUCCGUUCCACACACUCUAACCAGACUUGGCAAACGAGCGUAGAGUUAAAGAAGUAACAUUUGCACUAAACCCCUACGCCAUGCAUAGAAACGUCUCUCCCUCUGCAGGAGAGAGGACCGACACCAGCCUGCCUCAUGACGUUAUGCAAAAGAUGGAUUAUUUUGAUUGCCUCCUUUCACACAGUACAUGAUGUCUACUCACCUGCCCCUGCUCUCAGCAACCAUGGGAUUUCCUAAAUAUUCAAACAUUUUUUGUAUGCAAUAGUUGCUCUUAUUUAUGUUGAGCUCCAUAUCUUUUUUUAUACGCACCAUUUGCUGAAUUGCUUUAUUGCAGUGCUGAUGAUGGGAAUUUCCUUUUUUAACCAAAGCGGUAUUUUUCAGAUUAUACUGUUAACCCAAGAUGUAUGUGCUCUAUGUUCUGCUAAUCAUGUACAUCGACACUGUUUAUGGUAUACAUUACGGUACUUGAGUAAGCAAGCCCAUCAUCUUCCAUUAAAUGGUAAUUUACUUCUGUGGGGUCUCCAGACAGUGGUGCCAGAGUUUAUUUGCAUAGCAAAAUGUGUUGUUGAACCGCUUGUUCUGAUUCACCAUUGACUAUUUACCCACGACAUCAGUGUCUAGUCAUCAGUAUACAGCAGGGGCAGUGAAAUUAAAAUGUCUGGCUGCAGUUUAAAAGCACUUUGAAAGGAAAAUGUAUUAUGGUGACAUAAUAAGGUACACACUGAGAAAAGUUUCAGAGGCCAUCACACUGUAGGUUGGGAGACAAAAACAUUAACUAUGCAUUUCCACACCAUCACAUCUGGCAAGGAUUUUGGCAAUAACACUGAGUUGUAGGAGACUUACAUGUAUCACUACAAGUCUAGACUAACUCCCCCACCUGCAGCACCCAACCUACUGCAUUAUCCCCAGCCAGACUCUAUGCAUCUUUUCUUUAUGUCCCCUCAAUUUUCACUGUCCGCUCUCUCCUGUCUCUAUUUAACGUGAGGAAUCUCCCCGGACUCACUAUUAAAAUAACAAUAAUCAUCUACCCCUUUGUGUUUACAGAAUCUGUCUAGUCUAGGGGUGAUGAUGACAUUGAGUUUUAAACAGGUUUUUAUAUGUUGCUGCUUUCAUGUGUCUGUAACAAUUUUGCAGUAAGUAUAAUCCACCUUUCAGUCAUAUGCCUAAAGAAAAUACAAAACUGUACUUCCGCAGUCCUGCAAAAAGAUCUUACUGACAUUAAAUGCAAUAAGGAAAUAGACAGGACAUCAAUUUGUGUGGCCACAGUAUCAUUUUACUGUCAAUCUACAGUAUGUUCUUUUUUAUAUUUGGAAGUCAUUGUUCAUUAUAAAUGCAAAAUGAGAAGUGCAAGGCUGAGAGAAAAUGUGUAUCAGUCUCACAGGUUAGUCAUUGUUAAAGGGAAACAUGAUAGAGACCAGGAUGGUAUGCGUAGCUGAGCAUAAUCUCAUUAAAACCUUUAUUCUUGCAGCAUUUGGAUUUCAGGGAUGAGUGGCACCAUGAUGCAAUAGAGUCCAUAUAUCAUCAUUUAAAAGUUCGUAUAGAAAAUGAAAAGUCAGUUUCAAAGCAGAGGUGACUAAAGUGAGAAGGCAGAGAUAAAGGCAUUUACUGAUACCGGCCCAUCACAGUGGAGUUUAAGUCAUGCCUCCAUGUAUGGAGUUCUUCCUUAUUCAGGGAAAAGUUACAGUACAACUUAAUAUAAUGGAAAUGGAUAGCAUUAACCAACUUAUCCCUUCUUUCAUCCUUGCACUCUUGGCAACAGCAACAAAUUCUGCAUGUGGUUAUUAUGGAGGUCUUUCAGUAAGCAUUGGUUGAAGUAAAUUAACAGAUUUUUAACAGUUUUGGGUAUCAUCGAAAGCUUCAUCAAGAGGCAUCCCAUGCCAGAGACGGCACCAUCACUUGUUUUGUCGGGCCAGGCACAGGCGUCCCUCGCUGAGGACAGCAGCUCAGACAGCUGAGACUCAACAGCUGUCUGUAAUUCACUAUCCAAGCAACAGCGGUUCUUUAAAGGAUUUGGGCUUAUCUAGACUUUACAAGCACCAUCAGUCUAAUGUGAAACCAGUGGGAAAUGACUGAAUUUAGUAAAUGUACUGUCUUCUUCUGGAUCUUAGGAGAGGAUGUGAACAGGUGAGAUUCUCACCACAGCUACAUUAAAACCUGACUCUAACCUCAGAGUUUAGGAUAGGACAGCUUCAUGGAAGCCUCACUUACUGAACAUCUUAUGCUCUUCCAAUGUACCACUGUACAAAAAACAAAUCUUUUAAAGAGAAAUACUGGGAAAUGGGAUUAUUUAUUUCUUUUAAUUUAUUUUGUCAUAUUUUUAUAAGACCUGAAAAAUAGUUAAUAAAACUAUUUCAAAUGCA